AUGGCUGUCUCUCUUUGGUUUUGUCCAUCUCCAGGUACACAUACCUACGAUAUUUUGAUGACUUUGACACAGUCCAUUCAAUCGCUUUUCCCUAAUUCACCCACAUUCGAACCUCAUAUCACAUUGACUUCGAACUUGGCUUUGAAUAGCGAUCCCGACAAGUCUCUGGACGACGUCAAUAAGAUACUCACCUACUGCGUGGCUGCAAUGAACUCGAUUAAAAAACAGUACAUGGAAUCGCUGACACUAGAGAAUAACGGUUUAAGGUUAACUGACCAAUUGGUUAGUUUCAAAAACCUGUGCAUCGGGAAGAAAUACUUCAGUAAGAUAUUCUUACAAUGUAAAGAGAAUAGGUACUUGUAUUCCGUGGCAAGCAUCAUGAGAGAGAUGUUCGUGGAAGUGACGGACAACGAAAUGAGGGCAAAAAGUUGGUUGAAGGAGGAUUUUCUACCACACUUGUCAUUGCUGUAUUCGGACGUGCCACAUUUAAGUAAAGCAGAUGAAAGGGCAGUUGUGACAAGAAUAGAAGAUAUAGUGGACAUAAAGCUACGCAAAGAAUCGAUCAUCCCUACAAUAAUGGAAACUUGGAGUAAUAAAGAAAAAAAUAACAUACAAGUGAAGUAUUCCUUCAGUGAGACACCAUCCACAUUGGCAUGGGGAUUGCCAGGAACACUCAAAGUUGUUAGAUGUGUAGGACCCGUCGAUGAAUGGGAAGUUCUAGGAAAGAUAGAUGUUUAA